AUGGUGCUUGCUGAGGCUGCGCUGCCAUAUGCACAAAUUCUGAAAGAGAGGCUGAGAGAAUCCAUCCACGACGUCCAAUAUGUGGAGCCCCCGUUUGAUGACUCCAUCGCCGACAUAGGCAGAGAGUGGAAGAGCGCCCUGGCCAAGCUAAAGUUUGCCAAUUCAUACAGAAUGGAGCCGCUGAGGAGAUUCCAGGCUCACUCAGUAGAAGCUAAAGUCCAGCAGGCAAGUCUUAAAGAUGUCAAAUAUGAUGAGAAGGUCUUCUCUCACCUGUCGCUGGAGUUGGCAGACCGCAUACUGUUAGCUGUCAAGGAGUUUGGGUACCACCGCUACAAGUUCAUUAUAAAAGUGUUGUUUAUCCAAAAGACCGGCCAAGCAAUAAAUAUCGCCAGCAGAUGGAUCUGGGACGUUGCGUGGGACAGCUGGGCCGAAGCGAAGCACGAGACCGAGUCUUACGUGGCACUGGCCUUGGUGUUCGCCCUGUACUGCGAAUAGUGGGCCACGGGCACAGCUUUUCCACAUAAUCAGAGCUUGCAGAAUGUUGCCCCCCGGGGUUUCCAUGAACUGCGCUCUUGUCUCCAGUCGCAGCUUCUGGACUGUGUUCUUUUGUCAACAAACAAGUAAAAACUA